UAGUUCCGGUCCUGACCCUCCCUCCCAUGUGUACUUUCAUUACACUCUCCAACUUGUGGAGCACAGCCAGCCAUUCCAUAUCUCUUGGAAACCCUGCAAUUUGUCUUCACGAUCCAUCCCUCUGCCUUUUUUCCAUCUCUCUCUCACACUCUUUUUACUCAACGCCCAUCAUCUUUUCUUUUUCAUUAUUUUAUUUUAUAGUAGCAGUUAUGGCUGACAAGGUUAAGGACAGGGAUGAUGAAGAGUUCUUCAUGGAAUAUGAUGGUGCUGAUAAUGAGGAGGACCUCGAAGAGACAAAGGUAGAUGACGGCAGCAGCGGCAACAUCAGUGAUGAUGACAGUGAGGGAGGCAGCGGAUCCCCUUCUGCCGCUUUCUCUUCCCAACAAUGGCCACAAAGUUUCCAAGAGACAAUGGAUCCUUACACAAUCACAGCAUCACCAAGUUUUGGAGUUCUUGGAGGAGUUCCAAAUUUUACGCAUUUUAGUUUUAGCAGCCAAAGUAAAAGUAGUUUGGACCUGGAUGGAAAGCUUCCUCUACUGCCUGAACAUCAAAAGAGUUGUCAGAAGGAUUUUUUAGAUUCCAUCUCAAGAGCACCGUCAUCAUGGUCACAGAAGUAUUCACUUCAUAAGCAACUUACCGGAGAGUUUCCCGUUGCUUAUGGAUGUAACGUGACCCAGACUAUCUUUAAUACGGUAAAUGUAAUGGUUGGAGUUGGGCUUUUAUCUACGCCUUAUACAAUAGCAGAAGGAGGCUGGGCAAGCUUGUUGGUGCUAAUCGUUUUCGCAGUUAUAUGUUGUUAUACAGCCAUACUUAUGAAAUACUGCUUUGAGAGCAGAGAAGGAAUUAUAUCUUACCCUGAUCUUGGCGAAGCUGCCUUUGGACGAUUUGGACGCCUUUUUAUAUCUGUUGUUCUGUACACAGAAUUAUAUUCAUAUUGUGUGGAAUUUAUUAUCCUGGAGGGUGACAAUCUUACAAGGCUAUUCCCUGGAGUUUCUUUCGAUUGGCCUGGUUUAAAGAUGGACUCAAUGCACCUCUUUGGAAUUCUAACUGCCUUCGUUGUUCUACCCACUGUCUGGUUAAAAGAUCUCCGUCUGAUUUCAUAUCUUUCAGCUGGUGGGGUUGUUGCGACAUUGGUGAUAGUUCUUUGUCUGCUAUUCCUUGGUGCAGCAGGUAAUGUUGGCUUCCAUCAUACUGGGCAAGCACUGAAUUGGAGUGGCAUUCCAUUUGUAAUUGGUGUAUAUGGAUUUUGUCAUUCGGGGCAUUCUGUGUUUCCAAAUAUCUAUCAAUCAAUGGCUGACAAAUCACAAUUUAAGAAGGCAAUGGUAUUAUGUUUUCUUUUGUGUAUACUAUUGUAUGGGGGUGUUGCAGCAAUGGGUUUUCUUGAGUUUGGUCAAGGCACCUUGUCUCAGAUAACUUUGAAUAUGCCACCAGAGUCUUUUAUUUCCAAAAUCGCGCUGUGGACAACGGUUAUCAACCCAUUUACAAAAUAUGCAUUGUUGAUGAUCCCUUUGGCAAGGAGUAUAGAGGAGCUGCUGCCUGAUCAAGUUUCAAAUAGUUUGUGGUGUUUCAUUUUUCUGAGAGUAGCACUCGUCUUGUCUACUGUUGGCGCUGCAUUUGCCAUGCCUUUCUUCGGUCUUAUGAUGGCUUUAAUUGGUUCUGUUCUCAGCUCUAUGGUGGCCAUAAUAAUGCCAUCGCUAUGCUUCAUAAAGAUCGUUGGAAGAAAAGCUACAAGGGCACAGAUUGUUUUGAGCAUUACUGUCGCUGCAGUUGGUAUUGUCUUUGCUAUUAUUGGGACAUAUUCUGCAUUGAAAGGGAUUGCGAGUAAUUACUGACAUCUAGACCGUAGCUCCCUUCUGGUUCAAACAUAUAGAUGGUGAUCAUUGGGAUGCUUAUUCUCCCUGCAGCAUCAUUACUGUUAAAUAAAUCAAUGACUCUGACUUGCAAGCAGACUUGAAAUUUUGUUCCAAAUACAUUGAUAAGGCAUUAAAGAGUAUUAGGAUUGAGACAAGUUCUUGCUCCUGUUAGUGAUUGCUUUGAUGUUUCCCGUGUUUAAUUUUGCAGGAGUUAAAUCUGACCCUACUUUGAUUUUACUGAAUUCUCAUUGUUACCAUCUUUACUACUUUGUUCCCUUCAACAAUAAAAAGGGUAAGGUGGUUAGAGUUUGUGUACAUUUAUAUGGUUCGUUUGGUACAAAUUAGAGUUUGGUAACUUUAGCAUGUGUUAAAAAUGAAGUAAUGUUGUCAUUUUAUGAUGGUAAAUCAGGAGGUAAUUAAUUGAAGUCAGCAAGGCAAAAUCAAAGUUACAAAAUUCAUGGACGAGCUUGUGGACUCUAUUAAGGCAUUAUUGGUUGAGAAGAAAUAUGAAGGAUGCGAUUGUGUAGAAAGCAACUUCUAGUGGCAGAUACUCAUCCAAAUCUUUUUGCCAAGCUGCCUUAUCUACUCUGGAUAUCCAAAGUGUAGUAUGGAAGAAGAUUUGGUUUUGUUAUGCUCCGUAUAGGAUUGAGUUGUUUGUCUAGCAACUUAUGUGGAAGAAAGUAGCAGUGAAGAUGGAAUCGAUGGCAACGAGUUUAUUAGAGGGAGAUAAAACUUCAUGUGUAUUCUGUAAUAGUUGCCAGGAAAUCGUAAGCCAUUUUUUCUUCUUAUGUAAAGCUUCUUGGAAUAUUUUGUGCCCAUGGUGUAAACAAUGGGAGAUGCAAUGGGUGUCCCAUGAUGAUUCUCAAAACUUUUUUCCUUGCAUGCCAA